AUGCGCGAGGAUUAUUAUGGAAAUUAUUACUUGAGUACUGAACUUCGGGACCUGCCCCGAGAAGUCUUUGCUGCUGAUCCAACCAGUGUAUGUCAAGCUCCAAACACAGAGGUUCUCUACAGGUGCAGGAAAUGCAGGCGCGCUCUGUUCCGUAGUUCCAGCGUUUUGCCCCACACGGAAGGCGGCGGGCCGGCAGCCUUCGCCCACAAGAGGGUAACGGAGUCCGCUCAGCUUUGCAGCGACGGCCGUGAAAAGUGUACCUCCUACUUCACCGAGCCCGUGCAGUGGAUGGAGCCGGCGUUGCUCGGAGUCAUGGAAGGACAGCUUCUGUGUCCCAAAUGCACGGCGAAGCUGGGCUCCUUCAGCUGGCGGGGCGAGCAGUGUUCCUGCGGCCGCUGGGUGACGCCUGCCUUCCAGAUCCACAAAAGUCGAGUGGAUGAAGCGAGGACGCUGCCACUUGGUAACUGCCAAGCUGCCGAAACCUGA